AUGGGAAGUUCUCACCUAAAUUCCGAAAUCCGGAUUCUUUUUUCUGUCAGCUUAGCAUCAUUUAGCGGGAACAUCAUUGCUGAUGCACGUAAACUUGUAGAGAUCCCUAAGCUUCCCGUGGUUCCUAAUCCUGAGCUUCCCGUGAUUCCAAAUCCUGAGCUUCCCGUGUUUCCAAAGCCUGAGCUUCCGGUGCUUCCUAAGCCUGAGCUUCCUGUCAUUCCUAAGCCUGAGAUUCUCGUAGUUCCUAAACCUGAGCUUCCAAAGCCUGAGCUUCCGGUCGUUCCUAACCCUGAGAUUCCCGUACUUCCUAAACCUGAGCUUCCAAAGCCUGAGCUUCCGGUCGUUCCUAAGCCUGAGCUUCCCGUGCUGCUUAAGCCUGUGGUUCCCGUGGUUCCAAAGCCUGAGAUUCCGGUUCUUCCAAAGCCUGAGCUUCACGUGCUUCCAAAGCCUGAGCUACCUGAGCACCGUGAAGAUGAUAGUAUUUGUUUAUCGAAUUCCCCAUCAUCAAAGAUCAGUGAGAGGUUGUUGUCAGAUGGCAUGGCUGCUAUGAUAAAUUUAUUUGUCUAUACUUUUGGCAAUAACAUUGACAAGAUGCUCAAAACCGACCAAGAGGCAUGUUUGAAUCAGAUUUCACCUAGCAAUAUGACUAAGUUGAGCCUGCCGUCUUACUGUCCUUAG